CUCUGGUGGCUCGGAAUGAUUAUUAGUUAGUAUUACACUGCGCCAUAACCUUUAUGAUUUCAAAGUUCAACCUUUUUUGUGUUUUCUUAGCUGAUUUUGGAGUGUGUUUGAUUACAGUGAUUGUUGGAGAGAUUGCUAAUUUCGUAGCAUACAUCUAUGCCCCAGCUGUUCUUGUUACUCCUCUUGGUGCUUUGAGUAUUAUAGUUAGUGCUGUGUUAGCACAUUUUAUGCUUAAGGAGAAGCUGCAGAGAAUGGGCAUGCUGGGGUGUCUUAUGUGCAUUGUGGGAUCGACUGUUAUUGUACUCCAUGCGCCUCAAGAGAAGUCUCUUACUUCUGUUCAAGAAAUUUGGCUAUUGGCUGUUCAAUCAGUUGUGUUGCCCGUAUAUCUGUUCUGUGGUUUCUUUCACUCUGUUAUAUUCACUACGACAUGAAGACUCUGGUUUUGUUGUCUCCAUUUUUGCCCCUUAUAGUGGUGCUGAUUUCUGUUUUGCCAUGCAGCAUUCCUCUUGUACACUGCCUCUGCUAUGGCUGUAACAUUAUUCUUGAUCUUGUAUUGUGUUCCGCGCUAUGGCCAAACUGGUAUUCUCGUUUAUAUUGGAAUAUGCUCUGUCAUUGGAUCCUUGACUGUCAUGAGUGUUAAAGCAAUCGGAAUUGCUAUAAAACUUACAUUAGAAGGUGUAAAUCAACUUGUCUACUAUCAGACAUGGAUCUUUCUGAUGGUCGCUAUUUCCUGCAUCAUUACUCAAUUAAAUUAUCUUAACAUGGCGUUGGAUACAUUUAACACUGCAGUUGUGUCUCCAAUCUAUUAUGCCUUGUUCACAUCUUUUACAAUAUUAGCUAGUGCAAUCAUGUUUAAGGUUAGUAUUCACUAAAACAAAACGAAAAGUGUGCCCUAAAAGAAUGAGUUAUCUGACACAUCAAUUGCUUAACUAUCUGUUGUAAUCUUCUAUCAUCUUUUUCUUAUUAGGAUUAUUUUGGUCAAAGUAUAAGCAGCAUUGCGUCAGAGCUAUGUGGUUUCAUCACUGUGUUAUCUGGCACAGUAGUAUUGCAUAGUACAAGAGAGCCAGAUCCUCCAGUCUCUACAGGUAAUGCCUCAUUGUUUCCUAUUUUCUCUUAAUGUUUCAGUUAAGAAACUUCUGCUGUUUCUGGA